GAGCGCAAAGUAUUACGAUCCCUUCAUUUAGUGUAUCAGAUAUCAUAACUAGCUGAAAAAUGAAAUGUUUAUUUUUUUUUGUUUUUCUAGGAGUUCUUAUUUUUACGGUUUCGACUGAAAAAUAUACAACGAAAUAUGAUAACGUCAACGUGGACGAAAUUUUAAAAAGUGAUAGGCUUCUGAAAAAUUAUAUGGAUUGUCUUAUGGACAGAGGACCUUGUACAACAGAAGGCAAAGAACUGAAAGAACAUCUUCCGGACGCUUUGAAAACCGAAUGUUCAAAAUGUAGUGACAAACAGAAAGAAACCACGAAAAAAGUGAUAAAAUUUCUCAUCAAAAAUAAAAGACCAAUGUUUGAUGAGCUCGUCGCCAAAUAUGAUCCUGAAAAUAUUUACAAAAAAAAGUACAAGGAUGAGCUAGCUAAGGAGGGUAUCACUUUGACAGGCGUUUUUACUAACUCAAAAAUGAAACGUUUAACCAUUUCUGUCAUUCUGGGGGUUUCGAUUGUGACAGUCUUCACUGAGAAGUAUACAACAAAAUACGAUAAUAUCAACGUUGAUGAAAUUUUGAAAAGUGAUAGGCUCGUGAAAAAUUAUAUAGAUUGCCUUAUGGAAAGGGGGCCUUGUACCGCAGAUGCAAAAGAACUAAGAGAUAAUAUCCCAGAUGCUCUGAAGACUGAAUGUUCAAAGUGUAGCGAUAAACAAAAACAACUUACGAAAAAAGUGAUAAAAUUCCUUAGCAAAAACAAGAGGCCAAUGUUUGAUGAACUCACCGCCAAAUAUGACCCUGAAAAUAUUUAUAAAACUAAGUACAAGAAUGAGCUGGCUAAAGAAGGAAUCACCCUGUAACCUCAGUUGAUGGAUGGAGUUAAUGAAAACGAUUGUGUUUUUGAAAUAUUUCUAUCUCUAUGAAAAACUGAAUAUUUUAAAAAAUAUACAGUUCUAAUGAAAUAUAAACAUGUUUCAACAUAUCUCAGAGCAAUGGUAAAAACUUUGUAACUGCUAUUGAAAAAAAUGAGAAUAAUAAUAAAUAUAUGUAUUCUAAUUUGAA